UGACAAGCGUAGAAAAAGUUUUCAUCAACAGCCGCCAUUUUGCGCUGGAUAGACUGAGAAGAAUUUCGGAAUUUGUCGUGUAAAUUUUCUGUUUUUUCUUACAUCAUUUUAUCAUAAACUGUACCAUUCCGUGUAUUUAAAAGUGUUAAGUGAAAUCGUGUAGUUCGAUCGGUUAAAUAAAUCCUGUAAAGUAGCUAAAAUCUGGUGAUAUUGUUUUCAUUUAUUGUGCUAGUUCGACGGAAGAUGGUGAGAGGGUCUGUGUAGCUCUUCGAUUCGGAGCUUUGUAAUGGCGAAUACUUGAGUGAGAAAUUUUAAUAUGUGCCUUCAAUGGUGCGAAGGACAUCGGACGAUCGUGAUGUGGGUGAAUUAUGUUAUAAUGGAUGACAAAUCGAUCUAAAAUGUUAUUUCUUGAAGAUAUAAGACAUAUAAGUGUUAUUUGAAUCGGCGGGCCGUAAUAUUCACGACGGCUUACGUUUAGUAAACACAGCCAUGGCCGAUCAUCAUGUGGAUGAACCGCCUAACAAGCGGCCAAAGAUGAUCCGGGACCCAUACCAGGGUCCCUCGGACUCCGCGGUAGAUGCCUUCUCCAAUUUGGAUAUGUUCGACUUGGAGAACCGCCUUCCCGAUGAACUCAUGGGUUCUUGGGUCGAGCAACCCGGAGUCACGGGCCCCAAGCCUCCAGCGCAGGGGCCGGGUCCCGGGGGGCAACUCCCCCCACAGCAGCAGCUCAAUGGGGAUGACCCAAAUGCUGCUAUGCAAAGACAACUUAACAAUCACCUUAUACAACAAGUCUUUUCACAGGGCAACAAAGGUGGCUUAGUAGGCCACAAUAAUUCUUUAGGAUUGGGUAGUUUAGGAAGUAAGAGUCCAAAUCUACAGUCACCUCCAAACGUGUCUGUAUCAAAAGACCUGAUGAGCGGUAUGCACCCUCAACUAAUGCCAAAUACAAGUCAUCCAAAUCAGCUACACUCAACAAUGCCAAUGAGUUCCAUUCAAGGUGGAAUGAACGUGGCGAACGUAGGCGGCAAUAUGAUAGUGACGAACAGCAACAUGACAAACGCCGGAAUGUUAGGUAGCGGGAUCAUCAACAACGUAAACAAGCAGCUGCCGACGUUGAUGGGCGGGAAUCACCACGGGGCGGCGCACCACCACGCGAACGGGCCUCUCGGCGGCCGCGUCGGCAUGCAGGCGCCGAACAUGCGCACCGGCAUCCAUCAUCCGCGCAUGCAAGCGCCCGGCGGGGGCGCGCUGCUCACACCUUACCACCCCGCGUACGGGCAGUCCGCUAGCGGCGGCGGCGCGGCGGGCCCGGGCGCGCCGGUGCCGCGGCCGGCGGGCGUGCGCUUCGGCCCGCCGGGCGGCGAGGCGGGCGGCAACGCGGCGCAGGCGGUGCCGCCCGCGCCGUCCCCGCAGACGCCCGGCGCGCCGGCGGGCGGCCAGUCGCAGCCGCAGGCCGCCACGCAAGCAGCGGCCCCGCCCGCCGCGCAGCCCGCGCCCUCUGGCUCCAUCGCGGACCCGGAGAAGCGCAAGCUGAUUCAGCAGCAACUCGUCCUGCUCCUCCACGCCCACAAGUGUCAGCGCCGCGAGUCACAAUCCAACGGCGAGACGUGGCAGUGCUCUUUGCCGCACUGCAAGACUAUGAAAGGCGUGCUCACACAUAUGAUGUCGUGUCAGGCCGGUAAAAAUUGUGCAGUUCCACAUUGUUCUUCAUCAAGACAAAUCAUAAAUCAUUGGAAACACUGUAGUAAAAAUGACUGUCCUGUUUGUUUACCACUCAAACAGGCUGAUAGAACUAGAACAAACAAUAUGAAUGCAGCCCCAGUAAGCCACUCUGCGACGGGUGUGGGUGGCGGCGGAGUGGGCGGCGUGGGUGUGAACCCGCCCGUGGGGCAAGUGGGCGGCGUGGGGCAGGUGGGGGGCGUCAACACGGGGUCCAUGGCGGUCAACUCCAUGCCGGGGGUCGCGCCCGUGGCCUCGGCUCCGGCGCCCGUCGCGAGCACGCAGGGAGCCGAUAUGAAGAGGGCCUAUGAAGCUCUCGGCAUAGCGUGUCCAACAUCGGUAUCCAACAUGGUGGGCGGCAGUUUCCCACGAGCGCCCCUCACGAGGAUGGCAGUGCCCCGGCCGCCAACCCUGACCGACGUUGUCCCACAGCAGUCAAUGCAGCAGCUAUUCCAUCAGAACCAAGAUCUCCAGCAACAACAACAACAGCAAUUGAUGGGAGGCAGCACUCUUCAACUUCCUGGGGGACCCGUCACAGCUAACCCCGUGUCGGGCACAAAAGAAUGGCACCAGUCUAUAACAACCGAUCUCAGAAACCACCUUGUUCAUAAACUGGUGCAAGCUAUAUUCCCAACUCCCGACCCGCACGCGAUGUUAGACAAGAGAAUGCACAACCUAGUAGCCUACGCGCGGAAAGUCGAAGGCGACAUGUACGAGAUGGCGAGCACGCGGUCCGAAUACUACCAUUUAUUGGCCGAGAAGAUAUACAAGAUUCAGAAGGAGUUGGAGGAAAAGCGGCAGAAGAGGAAGGAGCAGCAAUUGCAAGCUCAGCAGGCGCAGCAGAAUCAAUUGCAGCAGAAUCAGUUGCAGCAGCCUGGGGGAGUGAUGUCUGGUGGUGGGGUUAUGGCGACCAGGGCCCCAUCAGCGGCGUUGCAGCGGCCAUCGAUGCCCAGUCAGCCUCUGGCGGGUAUGAGGAUACCGUCUCCCGGGAUGACGUUGGGAGGCAUGCCUGGGAACAGGAUGGCUUUCCAGACCAACCUUGUGGGACCGCCCGGACCCAGUCCUAAUCAAAUGCCGCAAACGCCCAACGGUGGGUCAGUGGGCGUGGGCAGCGUGGGCCCCGGCAUGUCGCCGUUCCCGCAGCCCAUGACGUCGCCCGCGCCCCAGUACCCCUCCAUCUCCAGCAAUGGACCAGCUCCGAUUACUGACAAUUCACAUCAAGUGGAAGCGAAAUCGCGCAUGGCGGCGAGUCCGUUCGUGAACCACGGGUUCCCGUCCGCGGCGCCGACCCCGUCCCCCGCGCCGGCCACCCCCGCCACGCCGCUAGCGCUGCCCUCCCCCGCGCCCGCGCCGCCGCCCGCGCCCGCCCCCGCGCCCGCGCCGGCCGCGCCGCCCGCGCCCGCGCCCCUGUCCAGGGUGCCGCUACACCGCCCGGACGAUACGGACCACCACGUAAGAGUAAAACAAGAACCCGAAGAAGUCCGAAUAAAGGAAGAGCCCGAAGAAGACUGUGGCGGCAAGGGCAUGCGCGACGAGACGCCGAGCGAGCGCGAGCCGUCGGAACGCAACGACUUCGUCGUCAAACAAGAGAUCAAGAACGAGGUCAAACAGGAGGUCAAAGAGGAAACGGGCGAGACGACCGGGGAAGCCACCGGCGACAGAAGUUCCCGGAGAGUGUGCGUUUACAAACCGGAAGAUUUGAGAGUAGCGCUGAUGCCGACGUUAGAAGAAUUGUUUAGACAAGAACCGGAAUCGUUACCGUUCCGGCAACCGGUCGACGCGCAAGCUCUAGGGAUACCGGACUAUUUUGACAUUGUGACGAAUCCCAUAGACCUGUCGACGAUCAGGCGGAAAUUGGAUAUGGGCGAAUAUCAAGAGUCUUGGGAGUAUGUUGACGAUGUCUGGCUAAUGUUCGGCAACGCUUGGCUCUAUAAUCGCAAAAAUUCAAGGGUCUACAGAUAUUGUACCAAGCUAUCAGAGGUGUUCGAGUCGUGCAUAGACCCGGUGAUGCAAAGCCUGGGCUACUGCUGCGGCCGGAAGUACACGUUCAACCCGCAAGUGCUGUGCUGCUAUGGUAAACAGCUCUGCACUAUCCCGCGGGACGCCAAAUACUUCAGUUACCAGAACAGUCUAAAAGCGUAUGGGGUUGUCUCCGAUAGAUACACCUUCUGCCAGAAAUGCUUCAACGACAUCCAGGGCGAUACCGUCACGCUGGGAGAUGAUCCGCUGCAGCCGCAGACUGCAAUAAAAAAGGAUCAAUUCAAAGAGAUGAAGAAUGACCACUUAGAGUUGGAACCUUUCGUGGUGUGUAGUGAUUGUGGGCGGAAACAGCACCAAAUCUGCGUGCUACACCACGACCAAAUAUGGCCCCAGGGCUUUUGCUGUGAUAAUUGUUUGAAGAAGAAAGGAGCAAAGCGAAAAGAGAACAAGUUUAGCGCUAAGAAGCUGCCUACCUCUAAACUUGGCAUUUAUAUUGAGACGAGAGUCAAUAAUUUUCUUAAGAAAAAAGAGGCUGGCGCUGGUGAGGUGCACGUUAGGGUAGUGGCGUCGUCGGAAAAGAUUGUUGAAGUAAAACCUGGCAUGCGAUCAAGAUUUGUAGAUUCCGGAGAGUUGCACGCCGAAUUCCCGUAUCGGGCUAAAGCGUUGUUUGCAUUUCAAGAGAUUGAUGGAAUUGAUAUUUGUUUCUUUGGCAUGCAUGUUCAGGAAUAUGGUAGUGAAGCACCAGGGCCCAACACGAGGCGAGUGUACAUAGCAUAUCUAGAUUCUGUACAUUUCUUCCAACCGCGCCAGUACAGGACCGCGGUGUACCACGAGAUUUUAUUAGGAUAUUUGGACUACGCCAAACAGUUGGGCUACACGAUGGCUCACAUAUGGGCGUGCCCCCCCUCAGAGGGCGACGACUACAUUUUCCACUGCCAUCCGCCCGAACAAAAAAUACCUAAGCCGAAAAGGUUACAAGAGUGGUAUAAGAAAAUGUUAGACAAAGGUAUAAUAGAAAGGAUAAUUUUAGAUUACAAAGAUAUUCUUAAACAAGCUAUGGAGGACAAUAUUUCUUCUGCGGCGGAGCUACCGUACUUCGAGGGUGACUUCUGGCCCAAUGUUCUGGAGGAAUCCAUCAAGGAGUUGGACCAAGAGGAGGAGGAGAAGAGAAAGCAGGCCGAAGCCGCGGAAGCAGUGAUAUUCCAGUCGUCUGAGGAGAACGAGCAAGGUCCCGACGGCAAGAAAAAAGGCCAGAAGAAGGCUAAGAAGUCGAACAAAUCCAAGGCCGCCCAGAGGAAGAACAGUAAGAAGCAGAGCGACCAGCAACAGGGGAGCGAUCUCAGCGCGAAGAUAUUCGCGACUAUGGAGAAACAUAAGGAGGUGUUCUUUGUAAUAAGGCUACAUUCCGCGCAGUCUGCCGCCAGCUUAGCGCCAAUCCAAGACCCCGAUCCACUAGUGAAUUGCGACCUAAUGGACGGCCGCGAUGCGUUCCUCACGAUGGCGCGCGACCGCCAUUACGAGUUUUCAUCAACGAGACGCGCAAGAUUUUCCACGUUAUGUAUGUUAUACGAACUGCACAACCAAGGCACCGACAAAUUUGUUUACACGUGCAACAGCUGCAAGUCACACGUGGAGACGAGGUACCAUUGCACCGUGUGCGACGACUUUGAUCUCUGCGUGCCGUGUCACGAGAAAGAGGGCCAUCCCCACAAAAUGGAGAAACUCGGCUUGGAUAUAGACGUGGGAUCGUCUCCUGGCGACAUGAAGCAAGCGAACCCCCAGGAAGCGAGGAAGUUGUCCAUACAGAGGUGUAUACAGUCGCUGGUUCACGCUUGUCAAUGCCGAGACGCGAACUGCCGGCUGCCGUCGUGCUUGAAGAUGAAGCGUGUUGUACAACACACGAAGAUUUGCAAACGGAAGACAAAAGGGGACUGUCCUAUCUGCAAACAACUCAUCGCAUUGUGUUGCUAUCAUGCUAAGCAUUGUCAAGAGACGAAGUGUUCGGUGCCGUUCUGCAGCAGCAUAAAGCAGAAGCUGAAGCAGCAACAGGUGCAGCAGCGGGUGCAGCAAGCGAAGCUGCUGCGGCGGCGCAUGGCGGCCAUGAACACGCGCGCGUGCCCCGGCAGCAGCUCGCCGCCGCCCGCGCUGGCGUCCCCGCCGCCCUCCAAGCCGGGCGAGCACGCCCUGCCGCACAACGUGCAGGUGGCGCUGCAACAGGUGCAAGAGGAAGCCGCCCGUCAGCAAGCGCCAUCAUACGGCAAACAGGGCGGCAUGGGACCCCCGGGACUCGCUGCGCCUGCGCCGCGCGAGUGGCCCGCCCGCUACCGUGCGCCGCCGCCGCUCCACCACCCGCCGCGCCCGCCGCACCACCCGCUGCACGUCCCGCAACAACAACAACCCCGGCCCGGCCCCGGCCCCGGCGGCGCGGCCACGCAGCCAGCGAUGCAUCAGCAGGCGCUGCAGAAACUCAUGGCCACACUACGGUCGCCGACGAGCCACAACCAACAGCAAGAAAUACUACAGAUCCUCAAGUCAAAUCCCCCGUUAAUGGCCGCAUUUAUCAAACAGAGACAGCAAAACGCGCAAAACCAGCAAGCGGCGGCGGGCGGGCCGGGCGGGCCGGGGUCCGUGGGCGGGCCGGGGCCCGUGGGCGGCGUGGGGCUCGGCGCGCUCGCGCAGAACGUGGCGCAGCCCGCGCUGCACGGCAUGAUGCCGCAGCAGCGGCUGCAGCCGAUGCACCAGAUGCUGCCGCAGCAGUCACAGGUCGGCGGCAUCGGUGGCGUCGGCAACGUGAACGUUGGCAACGUAGGCGUCGGCAACGUGAACGUGGGCGGCGUGGGCUCGGUGGGCAUGGGCGGCGUGGGCGCGGUGGGCGCCGUGGGCAUGGGGCAGGCGGGCUGGUUCAGCAAGCAGGCGGGCGGCAUGCUGGGCAUGCGCGGCGCGUACGCGGGCGCGGGCGCGCGGCUGGCGGGCGCGCGCUACUUCCCGGGCGCGGCGCGCUCUCCCCCCGCCCCGCCGCCGCGCGCGCCCACGCCCGCCGAGCUGCUGCUGCUGCGCCAGUCGCCCGCGCCGCCCGCGCCGCUGCCCGACGACCAGCUGCCGCCGCUCACGCCGCAGGACCAGCUCACCAAGUUCGUGGAGCAGUUGUAGUGUAGAUAGCCGCCGCGCCCGCUGUAACAUAUAGCCGCGUAGCCCCGGGCGCGCCGCAUCCUAUUUAUUGUCCGCCGAGCCCGGAACUAAGUUAAGUAUUACGAAUCGAGCGCUCAAUGUACAAAAUGUAAAUACUAGUAUGAGAGGAGAACGUCCUGUCCGCUUCUGCGUAAUCUAAGUUGUUCGUAGUGUAGGUACAUUAUGAUACUUAUUCUGUUUAUUGUAAUUAAAUCAUUUUAUAAUAUAAUUAUGUGAUUAUAA